CUGGCAGCUCGGCCACGCCCCCUGGCUCCCAGGGGGCGCCGCGGCUUCCGGCUCUGGGCGGUGCGGCCCGGAAGUGUAGCGUUGCCAUGGCGAGAGGCGGGCGCGGGGCCCGCCCCCGCGGCGCCCAGAGGAACGCGGGGCCGACUGACCGGUCGCCGGGAUCUGAUCGUCUACGCUGCGGCGGGCUGCGCGAGGCGGAAGGCUGGUGGAUGCCACCUGCUGUCUGCAGCCUGAUCAACUGCUCUUCCAAAAGGAGGCCCUCCUGAAGACAUAGUCGCCAGGCCUGCCAUGCCCUUGGUACCCUGGCUGCUCACACAGUCUCACUCCUGGGCACUGGGGGCCGAGACCCCAGGACUCUGAGGGCACGCCCUGCCCCGGUUUCUCUGUGGCUGUGGGGCCCGCCUUCUGGCCACACCCCCCUGUUAGCACUAACGUACUGACCCUGGAAGAGUGAGGGAGAGGGGAGGGGAGGCCAGGCUAUGGCUGCUCCCAGGCCCCACCCAGGAUCCUAAGGCCUGGAAGGUAAUUAGCUUCAGACCCUGGACCGAGGCUGGCCAGGUCGUGGGCUGCUUCCCACAGGCUGUGCACCCUGACCCCAAGAGGGAGGUGAGGCCCUGCCCGUUGAGUAGCUGAGGUGCCGGGGCUCUUGAGAGGCAGGGAGAAGGUGCCCUCCCACCCUGCCCUUUCUGCCCGGGCCUGGUCACGGCGUGGGGCCUCGUGACCCAGCCUUGCCAGGGGCGGAGGGCACCACUGAGCCUUGGGGAGGGGAUGCCCCCAAGGGUGCCAGUCCAGCCAGCUGCCCCACCCCUCAGGCCCAGUCUGGCCCCGGUGCUCCCCCACCUGGUGCCCCGAGCAGUCCCCCGGGCAGGCGGCCCCCGCCAUGGCCGAGCACCUGGAGCUGCUGGCAGAGAUGCCCAUGGUGGGCAGGAUGAGCACACAGGAGCGGCUGAAGCACGCCCAGAAGCGGCGUGCCCAGCAGGUGAAGAUGUGGGCCCAGGCUGAGAAGGAGGCCCAGGGCAAGAAGGGCCGCCAGGAGCGGCCGCGGCCAUGGAAGGAGGCAGCCAGCGGCCGGCCACAGAAGCGGGUCCUUUUCCCUCCCAGCGUUGCCCUCCUGGAGGCUGCUGCCCGAAAUGACCUGGAGGAAGUCCGCCAGUUCCUCGAGAGCGGGGUCAGCCCUGACCUGGCCAACGAGGAUGGCCUGACGGCGCUGCACCAGAGCUGCAUCGAUGACUUCCGGGACGUGGUACGGCAGCUGCUGGACGCCGGGGCUGAGGUCAACGCCCGUGACAGCGAAAGCUGGACACCCCUGCACGCCGCGGCCACCUGUGGCCACCUGCACCUGGUGGAGCUGCUCAUUGCCCGUGGUGCUGACCUCCUGGCCGUCAACACUGACGGGAACAUGCCUUACGACCUGUGUGAGGAUGAGCGGACGCUGGACUGCCUUGAGACAGCCAUGGCCGACCGCGGCAUUACCCAGGAUGGCAUCGAGGAAGCCCGGGCCUUGCCGGAGCUGCACAUGCUGGACGACAUCCGAAGCCUGCUGCAGGCAGGGGCCGACAUCGACGCCCCCCGGGACCACGGGGCCACGCUGCUCCACAUCGCUGCUGCCAACGGGUUCAGUGAGGCGGCCACCCUGCUGCUUCAACACCGAGCCAGCCUGAGCGCCAAGGACCGGGACGGCUGGGAGCCGCUGCACGCGGCUGCCUACUGGGGCCAGGUGCACCUGGUGGAGCUGCUCGUGGCACACGGGGCCGACCUGAACGGGAGGUCUCUGACGGACGAGACACCUCUUGACGUGUGCGGGGACGAGGAGGUGCGGACCAAGCUGCUGGAGCUGAAGCACAAGCACGAUGCGCUCCUGCGCGCCCAGGGCCGCCAGCGCUCUCUGCUGCGCCGCCGCACCUCCAGCGCGGGCAGCCGGGGAAAGGUGGUGAGGAGGGUGAGCCUGACCCAGCGCACCAGCCUGUACCGCAGGGAGCAUGCCCAGGAGGCCAUCGUGUGGCAACAGCCACCGCCCACCAGCCCAGAACCACCCGAGGAGGACGAAGACGGCCAGACGGAUGCAGAGCUGCGACCCACGUCCAGCGAGGAGGAGGACCCCGAGUUGGCCAGGCCACACAACGGCCAAGUUGGAGGCACCCCGGGGCGACACCUGUACUCCAAGCGGCUGGACCGGAGUGUCUCCUACCAGCUGAGCCCCCUGGACGGCACAGCGCCUGACGCCCUGGCCCGGGCCAAGGCCCACCACACCCUGGCGGAGCUGAAGCGCCAGCGAGCUGCUGCCAAGCUGCAACGGCCCCCACCCGAGGGGCCCGAGGUCCCGGAGUCCGGCCUGCAUGUGGACGCCGAGACCCCCCAGCCCGAGCGCAGCUCCAGGGCUGGCGGAGAUCCGCCCCUGCUUAAGCUCACGGCACCCUCGGAGGAGGCCCCCACGGGGAAGAGGCCGUGCUGCCUGCUCAUGUGAGGGGCUGACACGGAGAGUGGUGAGGGUCCCGUUGCCAGGCCCAGCCAGAGGCUGCCUCGGGACCCUGCUCCGGAGACCCCAGUGUGUGCCCGGUGCUGCUAUUCAGGGGCGGCCGGUGCGGGGCCUUCCCUGUUUCCCGCAUCUAGGAUGCCAGCGUCUUCGCUCAGGGAUGAGCCUGUGGCAGAAGCCAUCCUGGGGGCUCCUGGCUGCAGUGACCUAGUUUCAUCCUGUGACUCGAUAAAGGGCUGUUUUGCCACCUGC